AAAGCACCCUGGGGAGACCCACAUCAUAAUUCUCUGAUGCGGUGACGUUGAAGGCUUGCAAGUGCGGUUUAUCUCCUUUGGACCUUUAUCUUUGGCUGCUGUUUCUAGACGCCAUGAUAAGUGUAUGUACUUCAAGUAUUUCAAAAGAUGUCUCAAUCCAAAGGUGUCGCCCUCAUAACCGGCUCAGCACAAGGAAUCGGCCGUGCAAUAGCAAUCAGAUUAGCCCAAGACGGCUUCGAUUUAGCGCUCAAUGAUCUACCCGGAAAGAAAGAGGUACUGGAAGACUUCGCAGCCGAACUUCGACGAGGCGGAGAAUCAGAGGACUCCUACCGUCCUAGAACAUGCAUUGUAACUUACGAUGUCAGCAAAGAAGACGAGGUGAAGAGCAUGAUUGAUACUGUAACUGACGUUCUGGGGAGCUUGGAUGUCAUGGUCGCGAAUGCUGGAAUUAGUGCCAUGAUAGAUCUCUUAAGUGAAACUCUAGAAGGCUGGGACCGCAUGAUGAGAAUCAAUGCCACCUCUGCGUUCCUUUCCAUGGUAGGAAUACAAGCUACGUCCCCCUUGUUGUCGUACAGUGCAAGUAAAUUUGCUGUUAGAGGCAUAACGCAAGCAGCUGCACUGCAACUCGGACAAUAUGGAAUCACGGUCAACUCCUAUGCUCCGGGCAUCAUAGCAACACCCAUGGUCGUCGCAUCAAAGGCUCAAGUUGCAAAACGAGGCGACACGGGCGACUACUUCCAAAAGACGAUUGACAACUCUGCAGUCGGAUACGUCGGACAGCCGGAAGAUGUCGCCAGCGCUGUUGCAUACCUCUCUUCCAAGGAGGCCCAUUUCAUCACAGGCAAGUUUCCCAUCCCAUAAGGGCUGUAUGAGAACUAACCUAUAUUUCCAUGUGUUAGGACAAUGCGUAAGUUCAUUUAGCCAUUGAUAUGUCGAGCAACUGAGACGAGGAACCGAUCACGCAGAUUUCCGUCGACGGUGGUUUGAUGCUGUCAAGCUAAGGAAUUUUCACUCUGUAGGUAUGGUUCAGGAGAAGCUCCGUGAAAUCCAGAGGAAUCGAGCUGUCGUCGUUUAUGAUUGAAUAUGCAAUUUUUUUUUGGUUCAGUCUUGAUGGAAUUAAGUUGA